AUUCUACGCCCCUCAAAACCCCUUUGACGAGAUUCACGGGAUCUGCACAGACGAAUUCGCCCUCACCAUUGAGCAGCAGCUCUGCAACGCCUAGGAAGAAGAGAUUUGUAAGGAAGCAGCCUUUAAAAGAUCGUAUACUGCAAUGGCCAUCCAACUUUAUAUUCAAACUCUGGGUAGAUUGGGAUCUAGCACACUUGAUAGAUUCCCCUAGAGUAGCCAAAUCUAUCGGUUUCCUGCUCCAUCUCUUAUCUUUCCUAGUGAAAUAUGCCGGUCUAUCUACUAGUCAAUCUAAUAGGCAAUCUAUAUUAAAAAAGAGCAGCGCGUCUGCAACAGCACGUGCAUCUGCUAUUAGAGCAGCCUCUAAGAGAUCUCUUCCAUGGGUAUAGCUGGUAUCAUUCGCGAUUGAUAAACUCACAUUUGCCGUAGGCGCCGAUUCUUGCUUUUACGUUAUUCGUUAUUACGGCGAUCAACACUUACACACUCUUUACAAAAUUUAGAAGCUACAGGAUGUUCAUGAGAAGGGAUCCGAUUUCAUCUCCGAACGCACGUAAAAUACAACUUGAUCUUGAUCUUGAUCAAAGUCGCGAAGGAACUCCUGAAUUUGAGCGCAAAGCUGGCUUAAGUGACUACAUCGUGAUGACUACAGGAUUUCUAUGGAAGUAUUUCAUUCUUCUCAUUUGGAGACCGUUUUUGAUGUUGAUCGGCGUAUCACUCUCGAAAUCUGAGAACAGCGGGAGAAUGCUCCGUGAAGGACAAGCAGAAGUAUACCAAAUAGAUAUGUGGGAUAUAAACGAAGGUUCAUUAGCCUUGUUCGAAGUGUACUCCCCAGCACACGCACUCUGCUGGAUAUUCUUGAAUGCAUCAAAUUGGAUGUACUUGAUUAUCCUAAUGAUAGCUCUCUGGAGUCAGAUACACGUUAUGGUAGAAAAGUACACGAUGCUUCUAAAGGAUAAGUUAAUAGUACAAGGUGAAGUUAUGCAUGAGUACAAUGAAACUUUCGUACAUCCACGCGUAUUUAAAGCUACAAAAGAUGUUAGCACCCAAACAGAGUAAAUUAAUUGUAAUUUAAUAAUUUU